AGCCGCCAGUCAAUUACCGCGUUACUCUACAUAUUCCAUAAGCACCUCAUAUCUAUAGUGCUUAUGCUAUCUUUGAUUUGUCGCCAAGAAUUUAUUAAGUUUUGUUGGGUUUUCAGUUCAAUAAACACAAAAGAUGUCUUCAUUCGACCAAUUGUAUCCAAAUUUCGAUUCCGAGGUAUGGUUACGAUCUUGCGAGCAGGAGGUGGAUGAUCCCAUCGAGGGAAAGAUUACAGGUGAAAUGCCUUACUGGUUACGAGGUACCUUGCUUCGCAACGGACCCGGUUCCCUCAAAGUUGGCCCUAUGCGUUACGAGCACUUGUUCGACAGCGCCUCACUUUUGCACAGGUUCGGAAUCCAAGACGGCGGAGUGACGUACCAAUGCCGGUUUCUUCGCUCCAACACGUUCAACAAAAACCGCGCCGCCAACCGCAUUGUCGUCACUGAGUUCGGCACCAAAGCUGUACCCGAUCCUUGCCAUACAAUUUUCGACAGGGUAGCAGCCAUUUUUAAUCCAGGAGAGGCUAUGACAGACAAUGCGAUGGUAUCCGUGUAUCCAUUUGGAGACGAGAUCUACACCUUUACUGAAGCUCCAGUGAUACAUAGAAUAGACCCAAAAACCCUGGAUACACUAGAACGAAAGAAUCUUAGAGACUCGAUCGCCGUUGUCAAUCACUCGGCUCAUCCACAUAUUAUGCCGAACGGUGAUGUUUAUAACAUUGGAAUGUCUCGUGUUAAUUGCAGAAUUCGCCAUGUUGUUGUCAAGUUUCCAUUUAAUGAGAACGGUGACAUGUUUGAAAAAGCUCACAUAGUUGGUCAGACGAAACCUCGUUGGGAACUCCAUCCUGCCUAUAUGCAUACUUUUGGAAUAACAGAAAACUACUUCGUAAUAGUGGAGCAGCCUUUAUCGAUAUCAUUACUGCGCAUAAUGAAAAACCUGCUAACCAAUGCACCCUUCGCAAACUGUUUCAAGUGGUACCCUGAAUAUGAAACGCAUAUUGUUCUUAUAAGCCGUAAGACAGGCGAAGAAGUGAAGCGAUACCGCACAGAGACUCUCUUUUACCUACACAUCAUUAACACCUUCGAGCAGGAUGGCAAGCUAGUGGUCGAUUUAUGCGCGUAUAAAGACGCUAAAGCAAUGGAUGCCAUGUACACACAUGCUAUUGAGACGAUGCAAAGUAACACGAACUACGCAGAAUGGACCCGAAGUCGACCAAAGAGGAUCGAGAUUCUCCUGAACGCACCCCAAUUAACCUAUUUUGACGCAACUGUAUUGGUAGACUAUGGCUGCGAGACACCUCGGAUACAUUAUGAUCUGUAUAAUGGACGACCAUACAGAUAUUUUUACGCCAUCAGUUCAGAUGUGGACGGAAAUCCUGGCUCGUUGAUCAAAGUGGAUACGAUGACAGGAGAAGUAAAAACGUGGGACGCUGUGGAUUGCUAUCUUAGUGAACCUAUAUUUGUGCCAGCGCCUAAUGCUAAGGAAGAAGACGAGGGCGUAUUGUUGAGCCCGCUGGUGUGGGGCAGCAAUCAGCCGCGGGCUGUCGCACUGCUGGUGCUGGACGCGCGCUCCUUGCGCGAGAUUGCACGCGCAGAGUUCGCCACACCCUCGUCUGUGCCUAGAUGCCUGCACGGUUGGUUUGUGCCCGAGCGCGCCUGAACUACGAUUUUCUUCAAUGUCUUAAGAUUGUAAUCAAAGGAAAAGGGCAUGUAUUUAAUGAUCAUUUUAAAUUAAAUCAAUGUAAUUUUAACAUGUUCUGAUCUAAUGUUCGAUUUGUACAAAUGAGUAUAAAAAAACCAGAAACCAUUCAGAAACGCAAGCAAAUUCGCUUCUGGUUCUGCUUUAUUAUAUUCUAACCUAACUUAAGCUACUGAAUGGAGGGCGCAACCAAAAUUUGACCUAUCUGUUUUUGACGAUCAAAUAUUAAUUUAACAUACUUAAACAUAAUGAUAGUUGUUACCUUGAAUGCAGUUCAUUUAUAAUUUAUCCAUAGAUCAAUUAAUGUAGACGGAACAGUUAAUAUAGUCAUCAGACAUAAAAAAUAUCGUUUAUUUAAAAAGUGCACAUUUACAAUAAAUAAUUUAUAUUUUUGAGGAUCAAAUAAUAUUAUCCCAAGGAAAGGUGUUUGGUGAAUAAAUUGUUACAUUGAGAACAGUUUUUUAUAAUUAAUUAUCUACUCAGUACG